AUGAGUAAAUACUCAUCCGAGCACAUCAAUAUCGUCGUGGACAGCAUCCCCCAAGGGAUACUUGGUACAUUCGUGCCGGGUCAGACAAUCUCGGGCAAGGUCAUAUACACUCCUCGCACUCAAGUCGACAUCGACCAUGUCAUCAUAAUCUGCAAGGGAAUAUGCUUUACAGAAAUCACGGAACGCAGUGGUAACACCACGAGUCACUAUCCCGAAAAGAUCAUCUUGUUCAGGAAUCUGGACACGAUAUUCAGAGGUCCUCACACAAUCCCUGCGGGAAGAUAUGAAUGGCCGUUCCGUUUUCAACUGCCUGUCAGAGCCGAUUACCGUCGUAAGAGCCACAAGAGAGAUGGCCAGUACCAAUUAGGCGAACAAGCACUACCUCCCACUUUCAAACUGGACAGCGAAAACUUCUCAAACNCCCCCCUGAAGCAAAAAGUCACCUACAAAUUGAAAGUUAAAAUCAACCCAGGGAAUUUCAUACAUUCGGCGAAGCGCGCGAAAGAACUCCCGGUGUGGUCUCUUUCUGCGACUCCUUUGAAACCACCAGUACCACUGGAUAGUAACAGCGAAGGUAAUGGGCGCUUCAAGAGCAACUCUCUACGACCAACUCAGCAUACAUUGAAGGAGAAGAUGAAACACGCUUUCACCAGCGACUCCUCAUUGAAAACUCCAGAAAUCAAUAUCGCGGUGUCUUUCAAGAUGCCUCGGUGCGUCAGCGCGACACAGUACAUGCCAUUGGAGCUUUCUUGUAAAUACACGAAGACAGGUCAGAACGAUCCAGAAUCUCCAGAUCUCGUCCUCAAUGGUUGCACCUUCUCCCUCAAGACGUAUGUCAACGUCAGAGCGAGCGGCACUCUCAGCGAACAUCACGACGACGGAAAGGAGACGGUUCUUAGUCAUACACUACGCGGCAACAACACGUUGCUGCCGCAUGGUGGUUCAUUCGUUCCCAUUUCUGAUCCCGUUCGUCUGGCAGACAUGACACCGCAUGUCCAUCGUCUUGUCCCCACUUUCAGAACCUGGAUCAUCUCAACGACCUAUAAGAUGGUUGUCAAGAUACGGAUUCGCCAUGCCCAGACAGGCCAUGUAUGGAAGUUCGAAAGCAAGUUCNCCUUUGAAAUACUCCCAGGAGAAGUGGCUGUGCCCGCAUACAGCGAGCAGCAGACAUCUUUGGUCGAAGCUGGACCAUCAGCACUCUAUCCACCACAGCUCCAGAGUGACAACCAAGCAUCUUCGAGCUUCACAGCUCCACCAGAGUUCCGCGAGGAUCUGGCACCACCAUCAUACAACUAUGGAGAUGUCUAG